UUUUGGCUCGAGAGAAAGUAGAGAAAACAAAAUGUCACUGUCAGGAACCAUGGCAUUGCUUCUCUUUCUCUUCGGAGGAAGUGAAGCUUUGAAAAUGGAGUUGACGGAUAACAACUUCCGGAAGUCCUUGGAAGGGAAGAAUGCGUUUGUGUUUUUCCAAGCACCUUGGUGUGGCCAUUGCAGAAAGUUGCAGCCAGAGUGGGAUCAAAUGGCCAAGCACUUCACCGACACGCCCAAUGUGAUCAUUGGACAGGUGGACUGCACUGGUAGCGGCCAAGGUUUUUGUGGAGAGAACAAUGUGCAGGGCUAUCCUACCUUGAAGCUUUGGAAGGAUGGGCGGAUGCAGGACUACAACGGCGGCCGGGACUACAACUCUCUCAAACGAGAGGUGGAGAAGAAGUUAGAUCCUCGACCGGCAUGCAGCUUGGAGUCCAAGGAGGCGUGCAAAGCGGAGGAUUUGGUGAUUUUGGAAGAAAGCGAAAAGAUGUCCAAGGCCGAGCGAGCGGCAAAGAUAAAGCAAGUGCAACAGGAAAUCCAGGACGCGAAAGCGCAAGCAGUGGAGUUGGAGAAGAAAGCCAAGAAGUUGACCGAAUCCUUGGAUCUCAUUAAGGCGGGUGGUCAGACAGUGGAGAAGGUGGAGCAGCUAUUGAACGACCCAGAUUGGCGUGCUCAUUGUGAGGGUCGCACCUGCGUGGUGGCUUUUCUACCUCACAUUUUCGACGACAGUGCUGCUGGGCGCAAUGAUAAAAUCAAGGUGCUUGACCAGGUUUUGAAGGACACCAAGAAGGACGGGAAGAGCGUGGGUUUCCUGUGGAGCCAAGGCGGUGACCAGUUCGAACUCGAAGAGGCACUGGGACUUCAGUUUGGCUUCCCGGCAGUCAUUGCCGUGAACUUUGGGAAGUUUUCAUAGUUUUCGAGACCGGGGACGCUUCGGAGCUGGAGCCUGAGAAGAUAACGACGUAUGGAGAUGUUUUCAAACAAAGAAGGAAGUGUUGUUUUUCCCGAGGGGUAGGUCGAGGUAGCUAGUAGAGACCAGGUAUAGCUACGACCUUCCUUAAGCUACUAGCAUGGACGCAGGAUAGCUCACUCAGGCGGGGGGGAGUUUCCUUGAAGAAGCGCUCACAAUAUUCACUUGGUUCAACCAGAAGGUUCCUAAAAAUGUUUUUUCUUGGGAAACUUAACUUGAAAGGCUGAAUUGAGACACUGCGUCUUUCACUGAGGUUCAUCGAGGGACCUUUGACAA